UCGAGGUGCGCGUAUCGGCUGCCAAUUUCGGAGCGUUGUUCGACGUGAACUCCCGAGAGUUCUCCGGAUUUCUCGAGUCGCGAUAGGUGCGCGAGUGAAGUGGGAGGAAAGUCGGCCCGAGAGACGCCGAUGAGUACUAUUUGACGUCGGGGGCAAACACUCGGUUCGCGGUCGCGGUGUUUGAGGACAAACACGAGUCGGAAACCCGAGGGGCGCCACCCCCUGCCUUACCGACGCGCCGCCGAUUCCGCCGGUCGGCCAAUUGCGUCGCGGACGCGCCGCGCACGCGCGGACCAUGCCGUGACCCGGCCGCCCGCCGACCCCUGGUGCCUUCCGCGGACCCUGGCCGCCCGACCCCCGCCGCUCCAGCGCCUGUCACGUGUCCCCAAAAUGGCGGCGCGCGUCCGCGAGGACUCACCGGGCGGGCCGCACGCGCCACGUGCCCCGAAAAUGUCCCGCCGUCACGUAGCCACGGUCAUUCUGCUCCUCGCCGCCUCUUCCGGCGUCCCGGCGGCCAACGAGCUCAAGGACUACUGUUCCAUGCACAAGUUCGACAACCUACCGGGGGGCCUCAGGUUCACCAAGGAGGUCGUCACCACCGAGUACGCCAACCUCGGCGCCUUCAAGGCCAUUCACUGCUGUCUCAGAGGGUACCGCAGCAUCGAGUGGUACAAGGACAACCGAGCUUAUCCCUGGCCAGGUGGGGAGAGCCACUUCAUCCUGUAUCCUGAAAGUGCGAACCAGACCAUCUACACCCAAGAGGUGAGGGCCUCGGAUGCUGGCCGCUACUCCUGCCAAGCCAGAAACGACACGACCACUCUGGAGGGUGACAUCACCCUCGCGGUUCUAGGAGAGGACACCAGUGGUUACACCGGGAAGCCGUUGCCGACUUACAAGCCGGCCUCGCAGUUGGUCCCCCUUGGUGGCACGGCCAGGCUCUUCUGCGAAGCUUACCUAGGAAAAGUCGAUCUCCCGGAUGCCAAGAAUUCCGUCACCUGGUCCAGGGUGGGCAGCAACGUCACUCUUCCGAACCACGGGAGAAUAUCGCAACACCGGGUGUCUCGGGAAGACGAGCACAUCAUCGGAUCCUACUUGGAAAUCGAGGACAUCGCUCUCGAGGAUUACGGGGAGUACAAGUGCGAGGUUAGCAACGGCGUCGACGAGGAAAUAACGCUGCCUGCUCACAUUUAUCGCCAAGAGCCCCAGUUCGUGUUGGGACUGCAAAACGGAUCCUGGAGGAAGUCCCUCCUCCUGGCCGUUCUGGUGGUCGUCCUGGUGUUUUCCGCGGCUGCGUUUUACGCCCGAUGCUGGCUCCCUAUGGCACUUCUUUGUCGGGACAGGUUUGCUCCUCUCGAGGAAAAUGACGGCAAGGACUGCGACGCGCUGGUGUGUUACCACGAGAAGGACUCGAACCUGGUGGUGGGCAUCCUGAUUCCCACCUUGGAGUCGAGGCACCGAUACAAGUGCACCGCCCUGGAGCUGUCUCACCUGCAUCAGAAUUGGGGCCUGGAAAUCGGGCCGCACUCCUCCUCGGCAAGGAGAGUCCUGGUGGUGCUGAGUCCCGCGUCCCUGGGGAACGUCUGGAACGACGCAGGGGUGGCUGCGGUCUUGAAGCAGCUAGCCUCCCUCUCGACGAGGACGAUCCUGGUCGCCCUGAAGGAGCUGCCGCACUCGGCGACGACGACAAUGGCCAAGUCCUCGGGAAGGGUGACGGUGAACGACGGGGCAGCCGCGGGAUCGGGCCAGGAUCGCGUCAAGAUCCUGCGCUGGGACGAGGGCGGAGGGACAGGAGUCGGAGGCUACAAGUUCUGGUACAAGCUGAGACUGGCCAUGCCGGCCGUGAGACCGACAGGAUCUGACGGAGGGUGUCAAUCGGUAGCCAUGAUAGUCCAGGCCAACGGCAAGUCCGGCCAGCAGAAGGCCCGCUCAAGGGAGAGCCUGGAGGUCCUGGUCUAGACGCAGGACCUCGUCCUGGUCCGGACGCAGGACCGAGUCCUGGGAAACGAAGGCGCUCCGACGACGAAGACACACCUUUUGCAGGUGUUUAAGGACAUUUUGGGAUGGCAGGGUUCCCUAGAGAAGUUUGGGGAGGUCCUCGGGGUCCUCAAGACCUCGUAGUUCUCGCUCCAGGGACCUCACCUCGGAUGGUAGUCCUUACUCUUUGACGACUACCGAGUCACCGUUAAAGGCGAAUGCCGAUAAUUACGGCGACGUCGAUAAUUAAGCCUCGAUAGGGAUUCGCGUUCGCGCACGAGGGAGGAGUAUCGUUCAAGAGGAGUCCCUAGUGACUUAUAGGGAUCUUUGUAAAUGCGUAUCCUUGGAUUUCCGACCUCUCGCGCGAAGGUUCACCUCCCGUUCCUCUCUUGGCUUGACGUUCGACGUUUCCGUCAAAUUGUCCACCAGUCAAAUUAGGGCGAACCUGAACGACGAGGCAGUAGACUGGAAAGUUCGAACUCGAGGAUCCCGUGGUAACGAUUAUUGCGACGCGCAAGGAGCAAGCUUUUCCUAGCCAGGACGAGCGCAACGAUGUAUAGUCCUUGUAAUAAUUGUAGUCACUUUCGUCGAGGCGUACGAUUCACCCUGCACCAUAGCGUUCGUCCUGGCUCGCAGAAGUGCACCUCCCGGUCCUUGUGCCUGGGAAUAAUCGUUCCCACGGGGUCCUCUCUUCCCUGUAAAUGUCUGGAAAUGUUAGGGAUCUCAUAAUUAGACGCCUUUUGCCGCGAAUUCGGGACCCAUCGAUUUUUCCCGGCCUGACGGUUCUCGGAUACCCUCGGAGACAACGAAAGGCUCGACAUUGCGCACCGAACUCGCGCUUCUCGUUGUUCGCCCUCUGGAUCGUCCCGAUAAUUCCGUGUACCCUUCAUCUUUUUUCUACAAAAAUGAGGAGGUACCGCCCGAUCGUUAAGGCGAUGUGAAAGUGGCGUCAAAGAGGUAUCGCUUACGAUACUUUCCUCCGAAUUGGGUGUACCGAAUCGUCUCAGACUUGACAAUGUGAAUAUGGAGGCGCUAAGGGAGGUCCUGAAACCCAUGAAAUCUCGAUUUUAAGAUAAUUUCUUUAUACCUAUUUUCAACGAUUUUAAUAACAAAUGACAUUUCGCGAGCUCCAGGACCUACCUCAGGGUCUCCUUAUUCGUGUGGUAAAAUUUCAAACAAAUUGGUGCACCCUAUUCGGUGAAAAGUUUCAUGAACAAUUGACCCCUAAGAUGCCAUAUCCUUAACGGAUCGAUCACCGCUGUAAAGUCUAAUCGCGCCUGCGAAUCUAAUCAACGUAAACCCCGCCACCGGCAAUUAAGGAAUACCGAUUCGUGAGCGAUCGGUACGUCAGUUUGUCGGCUUUGAAAUGCCGUUGGGUACACCUUGACGUACAACCCCCGGGCCAUUGUAGCCAUCGCUAAUCUCCGAUUGUACCGAAAUAACGAGAAAAACUAAAGUCUUCCUUCUCGUCGUGCUGUGUCUCUUCGGCGGAGGGGAAAGCGCGCCUCCAGGGUUGCAUUUCCCUUCCCCAAGGUACCGCCGCACUUCUCGCAGUCGUUCUUCUGUAUAUAUUGGGAGCAUCGUGUAGUUAUCCUUAUUUAUUUAGCUAGCCCUAUUAUUUAUGUUAAAAGCCCCAAGAGAAGUGAAAAGGCCUUUCGCCGCGCGUCUUGGCUCUGCGCGCGGUGUUCUCUUGCACGUUAGAACGUUAUUUCUCCCCAUCUCUCCCUCUCUUUUCCUUUUUAUAAUCAUUCUACCGACCGAUCAUCCCUUUUUUACCGUCCAAAUUGCUCUUAAUGCUGCCGAACGCGGUGUUCGAUGUAAGACAUUAACCGCGACUUGUAUAGUUUCUUUUACAACUGCUGAAAGUAUUUUAUCGUCCACGUCGUCGUAUGACCCACGGCGGUAACGUUUCAUUUCCCACGAUGAGUAAUUAUUAUUUUUACUUCUUUUUUUACAUAUAUAUAUAUGAAUAUAUAGAAAACGUUCUCAAGGAAAAAUCACACAUAAGUGUCGCUUCGCGCCUGGAAAUGGCGAGUUUGUAUUUUAAUCUAGGACUCGAAUUAUCGCAUUUUCGUCGCGAUACUCGUUUUCUGGUUGGUUUUAACCGCGUAGGAUUUAGGCAACGUGUACAGCGGGAUUUUCUUUCUUUUUUUGUCAUCUUCUUAAAACCAUAACAACGGUAAACCGACCAAGGCCCCACGAGCGUCACUCCUCGAGAGAUCUGCAUUAUUUCCACGCAGGGACGCGUCCUUUCCGAGAUGUCUACAUUUUAACGUUUUAAUCCGGUCUCCUUUUAGCCGGGGAAAUUUCAGAAAUUUUAGACAUUUUUAAAAAAGCGAGAGAAAUCGCAUUUCAUCGUGACGGUGAAAAUCCACCUCGUUUACACGUCCGACCAUUUACCUCCCCUUUAGCGCAUGAUUCGCGGAAAGGACGCAUUUCUGACCCUACUUACUAUACCUAGAGUAUGCCUACCAUAACUACUACUUGUAACCGUAGCCUGUAAUUACACCCGUAAGCGUAACCGUAAUUUAGCCAUUUCAGCCGGAGUUAUACAGUGAGCUUAAUUUUAACGUUACUGUAAUCUCUUUACUGUCAGUAUUACGACACACUAGUGUACUCGUCUCGCGAGGAUAUGCUUGGGUUAUCUUUUUUGCGACAAGCAGUUAUUGCGAGCUGGGUAAGCAGAGUAAAUAGUUUUAGCGUAUACAUAAGGUGAACAAAAAGAAAAAGAAAAAAAUAAUGAAGAAUCCCUCCCGAUCGACGAUUCGAGGAGAAUUUCAGAAUCGAGGAACGAAGCGAAGGCUUUUUUUAUUUUCUCUCGUCGCGCGAUCGGAUCAAGGAUUCCCCCCUCGGAAUGAAGAUUGCCCCGUCGUUUUUACCCGUCCCCUCAAGUAAAUCCAGUCAUUUACUCGACGUACUGUUUCUUGCAUUUUUUUCCCCCUUUUUUUUUUCGUCUCUACCGCGGAGAGGAAACGUUAAUUCCCCUCGAUAGGAAUUGCCAAUACAGUGUGCACUGGGAGACAUCAAUGCCCUCCCAAUCUUGCACAGGCAAUGUCGUAUCAUCAGGGGAGGCAUUCAUGUCCGCCACUGCACAGAGUUCCUAACCAAGUCGUUCGGGCAUGUAAAACCUUUCCUCCUCCUCUCGUUACAAGGAAACGUUUGACGUUAGACGUAAAGACGUAACCAUUUCCUUUAAGGCCGUCGCAGCCGUUUUGCAGGACACUUAACGAGGCAAGGUGGGGAUCGCGAUCAUUUCGAGGAGUACCCCGGGUGUAUCUCCGACUCCCGGGGGAUAUCCUACGUUCGUACCAUUUUCCACCCUCUCUUUUUUACUAGCAGUUAACGAUAACGGGACCGCUGUAAACACCGCUGCGUCGAAAUUGUACAAUAAAGAAAGAUGGCGAUGCA